AUUAUGUGUGCUUUUUUAUUGUAAUAUUUCAUAUAGAGUUUUCAUGAGAGUUUACCCCCUGGUUUGGCCCAGGGGGUGACAUUAAGAUUCGAGUUUAUUCUUGGAUCGACCCCUUCUUCUUUGAUUAAUAAGAAUUAAUUAUUGAAGAUAUGUCGCUCACACUGUCUAUAUAUUUUACUCUUUUGAAUAUUUAUAUACUUCACAAAACACCCGUCUUAACGAGAGAAGAAAGUUGCACCGUUCUAACAGGGCCGUCGAAGGGGACCAACAAGUGGUAUCAGAGCAGAUUGGAUAAGUUAUUUCCAAGAUCCCUUGCUCCUGUAAGAGAGACGUAUAUUCAUGAUCUGUUAAAGCCUCAUCAAUCGACAGCCUAAACACUUAUCCUAUAUUGGAUAGAAGAUACUUAAAUCCUAGCUGGUAGGGAUACAAGAUAUAAUGCUUACAUUUAGGUGGAAGUACAAAUCGAGGUGAAGAAUUAUAACGACAAAUGAAAUAUAAUCAGAUGAUCAUCCAUAGAAAGUCGGACGUUUUCCAAAUAAACUUUCAUGCCAAUAAAGAUCCAGUCAACGAAUAUCACACAAAAAAAUGCCUACAUGAUAACGUGCCAAGAGGAAAAGAAAGAUACAUCUUCAGAAAGUUUAUUUGUUAUUUCUAAGUAUAAGUGCAUUGUUUGUAUUUUUAACAACAAAUAGGGGGUGACUGUUAGGCAACUUUAUUGUAUUUGUUGUUAAAAAUAGUUUAAGUACUUAGAAAUAAUUUUGUCAACACGAACUGACCGACGAACCGUCCCAGAAGCGCUAAAUAUGAAGACCGAGAAAGAAAAAAUCAAGCUUCUAAAAUUCUUUGAUUAAAGAUCUCGACAAAGUUACAAGACUUCAAAGUAUUAGUGAGACAUUAUGGAGUUUACAUAAUACAAAGUCAAAGAAUUGUGUUAAUAAGAUAAUAUAUCUUAUUAACACAUAAUAUAUUUUUUCUAUGAAAAAGAAAUGUUUUCAAAAGAAAAGAAAAGGAAUCUAAGCUAGAAAAAUAUUUCUGUUGAAAAAGGAAUCUUUCCUUUUGUAAAGGAAAUCACUAGAAAAGAUAUUUUAAAUAUCUCAAUAUGUGAAAAGCUUUCACAUAAAAGAAAAGAAAGAAAAGAAAAAUAUUAAAUAUGUGAAGGUUCACCAGAAAAGAAAAGAACAAGUUGGUGGAAAGAAGAUAAGGCACAUGCAAGUGGAUGGGCACACAUACCAACAACCAAUCACAUUUGAGAUAAGCUUAUGAAUUUCUCUAUAAAUGCAUGAUUCCUUCGUAGGAAUUAUGUGUGCUUUUUUUAUUGUAAUAUUUCAUUUGAGAUAAGUAUAAAUGCUGAAGCUGCUAAGCAUCAAAUGGUGUUCUUAGCAUCCGUCCUGGAAUCGUAUGAAAGUCUGAUCGCGGGAAAAGUUGGAGACCCAAAAAUGACAAAAGAAGAUUAUGAUCAGAUCGAUCCAGAGGAGAUGGAGCUAAUGGAUAUUAAAUGGUGCAUGGCUAGCACAAUGAGGAGAGCACAACGAUUCAUGGAGAUCACUGGAAGAUCGUCUUUGGCAUCUGGUGAUUCGAAAUUGGGAUUUGAUAAGGAAAAAGUUACCUAUUUCAAAUGUAAACAGAAAGGACACUUCAAGAGAGAGUGUACAAAUAGGGAAACUGACGAACCCACGAAUCCAUUCAGAGAUGAUUACUACAAGAAAGCAAUUUAUCAUCGUUCCAGUGGAUCAUCAAAUGUGAAUCAGAAACAGAUCGAUGAAGGGUCAUCAAAAUCUAGGGCGAUGGCGGUCAUUCAUGACGAUGAAGGUUAUGAUUGGAGUCAGGUUCUCCCUGAAGAAGAUGCAGUUGGAUAUGAAUUUGUAGCUAAUGUUGAUCAUGACAGAUGGUGGAGAAAUGAUUACGCAAGAUGGGAAAUCAGAAAUUUAGGGAACCAUUCAAAGAAGCCCAGAGAGCAAAAAGAUGGAAUGAUGAAUUAGAAUGUUACAUGGAUCCACGGGGUAAUCUAGUUGUUGACCCAUCAAAAGUGGAUUUUGAAGCUGUAACAAAAUUGCUUCCAAGUCAGGCUACUUUCAACACAAGAAGGUUAUCUGAUAAAGAAUAUUUGCCAGAUUUGGUGAGCAAGAUAAAGGAAGUUUGUGAAGCAAGUCUAACAAAGGUGGUAGAAAUGAAGAAGAGAAAAGAAGAGGAGUUGAAAAAGAUGGUUGAAGAAGUGAAGAUUACUGCAAAGCUUGCUGCUGAAGAAGAGUAGAAGAUUGAAGAAGAACAGAAAGAAGAAGAAGAAGAGAAGAAAGAGGAAGAUCAGACAGAAGAACCGGUGCUGAAAGAGACUGAGGUAAGUGAAUCUUCUGAUCUAUUGAAUGUUGAAACUGUUGAUAACAAUGAAAACAAGUGCAGGAAUUGCAUAGAAAUGUGCAAAGCUUGUACUGAAAAAGAUGACAUCAUAAAAA